AAGAGAGAGUCACUUUCAGGAGACGAAACGAGCAGGACGCCAUUAAUCCUGCUCCAAGAGACAGGAAAAACAACACCUGUUGGACAACAUCUGCGUUACUGGUUUGACUUUCUAUAAGACAAUUUGGAGAUGGUACUUUUUUUAAUAUUAUGAAUGAACAUGGUAACCAGGAAGGAGGACACACAGAAGCGAACUCUCAACUCUAAGCAGAGCAUGGUCAUGUAGAGAGACCCCGUACUGACUUUCUCGCAGUGAUGGAGCUGAAGGUGUGGGUGGAUGGCAUUCCCCGUGUCGUCUGUGGCCUCACAGAAGACACAUCUUGUCAGGAUGUAGUCAUCGCUCUUGCCCAGGCUAUAGGGCAAACUGGUCGUUAUGUUCUCAUCCAGAAACUACGGGAUAAGGAACGGCAGCUUAUGGCCAAUGAAUGCCCAUUGGAGGCACUUGCGAAGCUUGGCCAGUUGGGCAAUGAAGUGCAAUUUAUUCUACGUCGCACUGGCCCCACGGCCAGUGAGACUCCAGACCAAAGUCGGGCCCCUAAAAUACAUAAACCUACAGACCCAGUUCCCAUCAAACACAAAGAGCCCAAAAAAGCUCUUACGUUCAAUCUGGGCCCCUCCACGUCACCCCGAACUCGUGUGAAGCAGGUUGAAAAACCACCCAAAGACUCCCAAGCACGAGGGGCAUCUCCAUCGCCUUCUUCGUCACUUGCCCAAGCGGCUCCAUCCAAAGACGCUCUCUAUCAGCAGAUCCUUCGACAACAAGGGCAGCUGCAGUCUUUGCAGGCCCAGCUGGAGGGUUUCGAGAGGGAGCUGGGCGUUUGGGAGCGCUCUCCUCCUCCAACACUUUCUCCUGAACUCCUUGAGGAAAUGGACCGCUUACAGCAGGCUUGUAGACGGAGCGAGACAGAGCUGGCCCAUGCUACGUUUUGGGAAGAUGAAUUUAAGUCCGAAGUUCAAAAAGAAAAGGACAUCCUACGGCAAAAAAAUGAACUCCAAUUUGCCCUAGAUAAACAAAACCGAAAGCUGCACGAUACAGACAGCCAAUCAGAGCAGCUACAGCGAGAGAUUCAGGUGCUCAUUGAGACUAAGAGAAAUGGUAUGCUUCAGGUCAGGCCCAGUGUUGAAGAAUCUGUGGUUAAAGCCAAAGAGCAGCUGGUCAACCAUCAACGUCAUGGGGCUGAGCUGCAGGCAUCGUUUGAAGAGACAGAAAAGGCACUAAGGCUGGCGGAUGAAGAACUGCAGGCUAAAAGUAAAGAACUGGAAGAUCUGAAUAAGGAGCUGCGUCAGUGUAACCUGCAGCAAUUCAUCCAGCAGACAGGAGUCACUCCAGCACAAUCCAGUCAGCAAAGCGAGGAGAUGGAUUUUGCUCUCCUCAAGCCUGACGGACAGAGUGAUGAAGAUUCAAAUUCCUCCAUCUUGGAGUUUAACCCUCGCACUACUGCCAAGCAAAUCCUAGGAAACCCGCGCAGCCUCCAGAACCCGCUGGUGUCCAGUCUUCAUCCAGAGGUCCUGUCAUCAAGAGAGACAUCAUGGCGAUAAAGUCCGAAGUGCGACACAAGGAAUUAUUCACUGUUCACUUUAUAUUGUUUCUACUUCAUUAUUAUUAUUAUUUUUCUGAGUAUUUUAAUUGUAUUUUCUUUUAUAUGAUACUCUGUGAAAGUAUAAUACAUGUAUGUAAAUACAGUGCUGUCUUUGUAAUUAUUAAAUAGAUUUUUUUAUUGUAUUUUAACUACCUGCGUAUGUAUGUCAUUAGCUAAAAACAUUCUGAAAUAAAGUGAUAUGAUUGUGAAA